UGCAGGUAUUUCAUGCACGGGGUUUGUAAGGAAGGAGAUAACUGUCGCUACUCGCAUGACCUCUCUGACAGUCCACACGGUGUGCUGUGCAAGUAUUUUCAGCGAGGGUACUGUAUUUACGGAGACCGCUGCAGACACGAACAUAGCAAACCAUUGAAACAGGAAGAAGCAACUGCUACAGAUCUAACUGCAAAACUAUCCCUUGCUGCUUCCUCAAGUCUCUCUCCAGUCGUUGGACCGAUUGUUGAAAUGAAUACGGGCGAGGCUGAGUCAAAUUCGAACUUUGCACCUGCAGGAGCAGGUUCAGAAGACUGGGUGAAUGCCAUUGAGUUUGUUCCUGGGCAGCCCUACUGUGGCCGUACUGGCCCUUCUUGCACUGAAGCACCCCUGCAGGGCUCAGGGACCAAGGAAGAGCCAGAGAAGGAGCCAGCGGCCGUGGACACGAAGAAGCAGCUCUGUCCCUAUGCAGCGGUGGGAGAGUGCCGCUAUGGGGAGAACUGUGUGUAUCUCCACGGAGACUCCUGUGACAUGUGCGGGCUGCAAGUCCUACACCCAGUGGACGCAGCCCAGAGAUCACAGCACAUAAAAUCUUGCAUUGAGGCCCAUGAGAAGGACAUGGAGCUCUCGUUUGCCAUCCAGCGCAGUAAGGACAAAGUGUGUGGGAUCUGCAUGGAGGUGGUCUACGAGAAAGCCGACCCUAGUGAGCCCCGCUUCGGGAUCCUCUCCAACUGCAACCACACCUGCUGUCUCAAGUGUAUUCGCAAGUGGAGGAGUGCUAAGCAAUUUGAGAGCAAGAUCAUAAAGUCCUGCCCAGAAUGCCGAAUCACAUCUAACUUUGUCAUUCCAAGUGAGUACUGGGUGGAGGAGAAAGAAGAGAAGCAGAAACUCAUUCAGAAAUACAAGGAGGCAAAGAGCAACAAGGCAUGCAGGUAUUUUGAUGAAGGACGUGGGAGCUGCCCAUUUGGAGGGAACUAUUUUUACAAGCAUGCGUACCCUGAUGGCCGUAGAGAGGAGCCACAGAGACAGAAAGUGGGAACAUCAAGCAGAUACCGGGCCCAACGAAGGAACCACUUCUGGGAGCUCAUUGAGGAAAGAGAGAACAGCAACCCCUUUGACGAUCAAGAAGAGGUUGUCACCUUUGAGCUGGGCGAGAUGUUGCUUAUGCUUUUGGCUGCAGGUGGGGAUGACGACGAGCUGACAGACUCUGAAGACGAGUGGGACUUGUUUCACGAUGAGCUGGAAGACUUUUAUGACUUGGACCUAUAGCAGCUUUGCGUGGCGUGUGAACUGGUCUGCUGAGCCUAGACAGUGGCUGUCCCCUGUGGUGGUGUGGCAGUGCCCGUGUCUCCUAGGCAGGCCUAGCAACUCCAGGUGCUGUCGUAAUACUUCGUACCCAGGGCCUGUCUUCUUACUCCCUCACCUUUCCCCAAGGAGUAUGUUGUUUCCUCUGGUUAAAAAGUUACA